ACGUCUGCCAGUCGACCGACGAACAACGACGACUACGACUACGACGAAGGCUACAGCUCGGCAUAGUUGUACAUUGUACAGUUUACAUAUCUUAGAAAUGGGAUGCGCUGGGAGCAAUCCUCUGCCGGCUAGCGAUGCGAUGGUGGCAUCGGCCACCUCUGACAGUCGCACGGUCACAGCCGACGCGCCACCGAUGUCCGACGCCGACAAAGCGUGUUCGAUGGUCAAGAAGGCAGUUAGCAACGUCAACAUCAAUGACAUGGUCAAGAAAAUCCAAGACGUCGGCGAAAGCAUGGAAAACUUGAUGGACGAAACUCAAGAAAAGUUCAGUUCAUUAUUUGGAAAAGCAGAACAACAAGCUGAAGAUGUAGAAAAAUCAGUAGAAGAAAAAGUAAACGAUGUUACUUCAGCUAUGCCAGAAAAACCUAAAACACAAGAAGUUAUUCUUCUUACAGUUGAAGAAACUAGAAUAAUACCAAUAGACUUAAUCAAAUCGGAAAUUCUAACAAAUGGAAAUGAUUCCGUGUUUGAAGAGGUAAUUAAAAAAACAAAAGAAGAACAGAAAGAAACAAAAACAGAAGAUUCUCUGAUUGAUAUAAACGUAAAACAAAGUGAGAAAGAAGAAAAAGUCGAAGAAGAAAAAGUCGAAGAAGAAAAAGUUGAAGAAAAAAAGUCUGAUGAAGAAUUAGAAGAAGGAGAAAAAAUUGCUGAAAAAGAAAGUGUUGAAGAAAAUGAAAAAAAAAGUGAUGAAAUAGAAGAGUAAAUAUCAAAGAAGGUAAAAUAAUUAAAGGAUGGCUCAAAAAUAUAUUUAAUACAUUUUAUAAAAAGAAAAAACUAUUUAAAAGAUUUAUAUUUCUAGUGGA